CCGACCGGAAGCCAUAAGGGCCCCCUCCCUUCCUCCUCUACGGAUGCCGCAGUAAAGUUGGCCGCGCCUGCGCACUUUCGGUCCUCUUUUUCUUGGAAGUGCCCCUGACCCAUCGCACCAUGGCAGAUCCCGAUCUUGACUUCCAGACUGGCGAGUCUGGCGCCUCCGCCACCUACCCCAUGCAGUGCUCUGCUCUGCGUAAGAACGGCUAUGUGGUGCUGAAGGGACGUCCAUGCAAAAUUGUGGAGAUGUCCACCUCCAAGACCGGCAAGCACGGACAUGCCAAGGUUAACCUGGUUGGCAUCGACAUCUUCACCAACAAGAAGCAUGAAGAUAUGUGCCCCUCCACCCACAACAUGGAUGUCCCUUCCAUCAAGAGGAUAGACUACCAGUUGGUUAACAUCAAUGAAGGCUACAUGUCCUUGAUGAGCGACAACGGAGACAUCAGGGAGGACCUGCGUGUCCCCGAAAGCGAGGUCGGCAAGGAAAUCGAGUCAAAGUUUGAAGCCGGUGAUGAGUUCAUGGUCACUGUGAUUUCUGCCAUGGGGGAGGAAUGUGCUGUCGCUACCAAGGUGUUGGCCAACAAAUAGGGAGACGGACUUUGCUGCCCAGGCAACAAGCACCACCCACAACCAGUCUCUUGCAUUCUCAUUGGUUCUGUCACCAAAGCGUCGGCCUUCACAGACAACCUCAAACAUUCUGUUGUGAUUUCUCUCAUUGAUCCUUUUUUUUUUUUUUUUUUUUUUUCUCCCCUUUUCGUUUCUCUUUUCCAUUUGCUGUUGGGGAAAGGUCCGCUGCAGCUCUCGCUGCGUGGUCCUCUGCCCGAUCGCUGAGGUUUUGUUUGGCAACAGUCUACUUUAUAUAUAAAAUAACUUCAAAAAUAAUGAUCGGUUGCUCAUUCCUGCGUAUUUUUGCCUUCAAAGUGUUAGUUUUGCCACUCACAUUCCUGAAUGUUUAAAUAACAACGGGAUUCAGCUUUUGUAUGAUUAUUUUUUUUUUAUAUUCUUGAAUAUAGCAGGUCUAAAGCCUUUUAGAGGGAAGGGAAGGGGAGGGGGGGCAGUUUUUGAGUUGUUAAAGCAGAGGGGAGGGAGGGUUGCCCCUGUAGAUAACUAAAUUCUGAUUUAGGUCGUCCCUCUAGCAGCCAUACAGCUUUCCACUAAGGCCUUUGCUCGGUUUCCCGAGGGGACUGACGAGGUCCACUUUCUCCUAAUUCGCUGGGAUUGGUGGUGGCGGCUAGCGCUUAAGAGCACUUGAAGUCCCAGCAUGUCAAAGCUCUAAACCCAAGAAAAGAGAAGUGUUUUUUUUGUUUGUCCCCCCCCCCACCACCACCACCUUUCUCCCCCCCCCCCCAAGAAGAACAGAAACAAACUUCAGUGAUUUACCCUUGUGGUGCCAGUCUCUUGUCUGUGUAGAAAUUUGAGGGAGCGUGAGGGUCCUGUGCGCUCACGCCUCUCGUCCACCGAGGCAGUCCAGGGCUCACCCCGCUGCCCCGGCCAUCCCCCCCCCCAAAAAUACAAAAGGAGUGUUAUGUUUUUGUUUUGAGAGGCGUGAGUGUGAAGCGGUGUGGGCCUCCGAUAUGUGGGAGGCAGUUUGCAGUGAGGCGUGUGUUUCUUUUUGAGGGACUCGAUCGGGUUGGGGAGGGUGGUAGAGUUGCAAACUCUUUGUUCACUCGAGGCCUUUGUCACCUGACUGGAGAUGGCAAAAAUAAAACGAAACAAAUGGACAAAAACUGCAAACUA